AUGGCGUCCAAUACAGACACUUCAGCGACGAUUGCAAGUCUUCGCGAUUGUCUCUACUCCGAAGCUACCCCACUACCCAUCAGAUUCCGUGCCCUCUUUUCCCUCAAGCAUCUAGCACGGCACGAAACAGGUGAUCAAGCCCUUGCAGCUAUUGACGCUAUUGCUGCCGCCUUCAAGUCUCCAUCUGCUUUACUCAAGCAUGAGUUGGCUUACUGCCUUGGCCAAUCAGCAAACUUGGCAGCCGUUCCUUACCUUGAGAAAGUCCUAGCAGAUUUACAUGAAGAUUCUAUGUGUCGACAUGAAGCAGCCGAGGCCCUAGGAGCUUUAGGCCAUGUUGGAAACUUGGAAAUUUUGCGAAAGUUUCGUGAUCGCGAGGGAGAAGAGUCUGUCAUAACAGAGACCUGUGAAAUCGCCAUAGACAGAAUCAAGUGGGAGAACUCAGAACAGCGAAAGGCAGAGAAACUACGUCAAAGUGAUUUCGCAUCCGUCGACCCGGCUCCUCCAAUGUCUGAUGCUCAGCAAACGGUUGAGGACUUGGAAAAGGCCCUCAUGAACACGAAGGAGCCCUUAUUCCUUAGAUACCGUGCUAUGUUUGCACUCCGUGAUCUUGCAUCGCCCCCAGACCUUCCCACAGCAGUUCCGGCCGUUCAUGCCCUGGCCAAGGGGUUCGCAGAUCCAUCAGCACUUUUCCGUCACGAAAUUGCCUUUGUAUUUGGCCAACUUUCCCAUCCGGCCUCGAUCCCAGCCCUUACCUCCGCAUUAAGUGACCUCGAAGAGGCCAGUAUGGUUCGACAUGAAGCAGCAGAAGCACUCGGUAGUCUCGGCGACGAGGAAGGUGUCGAGGAGAUAUUGAAGAAGUUCCUCCACGACAAGGAGAAGGUGGUGCGCGAGAGUGUUAUCGUUGCACUAGACAUGGCUGACUACGAGCAAUCGAGCCAAGCCGAAUACGCGCUCAUCCCGGAAGCACCAAAAGUAGUAGUAUAG